AUGGCCAAGGCACAUCUAAGCCACGACGAGUUCUUCACCCAACUCGCCACCCUCCUCGAAAAUACCCAGAAAGCAGGCCAUGGCUCCGUCCACCUCAACCAAAAACGAAGUACCUCAUCUCCACCCACCAGCUCACCACCACAAGCUAACCCCUCCCCAGUGACCCACGACACCACCUCCGCCCCCACAUCCCCCGCCGCCAAAGUCCCAGACGAUCCCCUCUGGGACCUCCACCCCCCCGAACCGCUCCCCAUCAUCGUCCGCGCCACCGACGGCAAAAGCACAAAAAACGACAAGAAGACUAAGAACCCGGAUAAAGUCAAAUUGAGUACUGUUGUGCAGCCGGACGAGAUUGAAGGGUUUUUUGCACGGUAUGCGGAUGUGUGUAAGGCGGGCAUGCAGGGGUUGAAGAAGCGGGAUCGGAGUAAGCGGAAGAAGGAUAAGGGGAGGAAGAAGAAGGGGGGUGCGGGUGAGGGGGAGAAGAAGGCGUAG